UCGGCAAUCUAAAAUUGUCAUUUUAUUUUUGUUGUUCGAAAAUUUGUAAGAGAGUAGCUGGCAACACUUAUCGCGCUACACGUCUUAAAAAAAAGAUUUGAUAGGUCGAGCGGAGUAUGAUACAAUGGAAAUCUGAUGACCUGUGAACUGUUUCGUUAUAAUAUUUAUUCCUCUUCGCGAAAUGAAUUAUAUACAAAUUUUUAUUUUAUUACUUAGCAUCGAAUGCAUAUUUAGCACCAUCUCUAAAAGCAGUCGAGACGAAAGAGCAAAGCCGUUCGUUCAAACUUAUUAAGUAAAGUGUGAAAUUGAAAACUUGGACGAUGAACAGCAGCAGUUUGAAUAUUGCAAAAAAUUUCCUCCCUUCUACUUACGUUGAACAAGCGGCGCAGUCGCUAACUGCAAGAGAAAAUACCAUUCGUAUAUUGUUAGAACACAAAAAGUGUCCGGAAGAAGGUUGGGACGAAGCCACCGUCGAACUGCUGUUGCACAACUUGGCAUUGAUGGAUAGUAAUAACUUUCCCGGUAAUUGCGGCGUGGGAGAGAGGGAGGCCCGCGUCGCCUCCGAGAUAGUGGCCAGGCGUCACUUCAGGAUGGGACAUGGCAUCGGUAGGUCUGGAGACAUCACCGAAAUACAGCCCAAGGCUGCCGGAUCCAGUCUGGUGAAUAAGUUGGCCAAUUCCUUUAUGUUGGACGUCCUGAAGACGUACGGGGCGCCGUCGACCUCCUCGUGCUUUAUUGUUCCCUUGGCCACCGGUAUGAGUAUUACCUUGUGCCUUCUUGCUCUUCGUUCGAAGAGACCGAAAGCUAGAUAUGUAAUAUGGCCAAGAAUCGAUCAGAAAUCGUGUUUCAAGUGUAUUUUGACUGCUGGGUUUGAACCGAUAAUUAUAGAAAACAAACUAAAUAACGACGAAUUGCAGACCGACGUCGAGAAGAUCGAGGAACGUUUGAGAGUGCUCGGUUCGGAAAGUGUGGCGUGUGUGCUGAGUACCACCAGUUGCUUUGCUCCUCGCACUCCCGAUAACCUUGUGGAUGUGGGAAGAUUGUGCGCCAAAUACGACGUACCUCACAUCGUGAACAAUGCGUAUGGAGUUCAGUCGUCGAAAUGUAUGCAUUUAAUUCAGCAGGCUUUUACCGUCGGUAGAGUCGACGCUUACAUACAGAGUACCGAUAAGAAUUUUAUGGUGCCUGUCGGUGGAUCCGUUAUUGCCGGUUUUGACAAAAAAUUUAUUGGAGAAAUUAGUAAAAUGUAUCCCGGAAGAGGUUCUGGCACACCUUCUUUAGAUGUGUUUAUUACAUUUCUUCAUCUUGGAAUGAAAGGAUAUAAGAAUUUACUUAAAGAAAGAAAAGAAAUGUUCCUUUAUUUAAAAGAUGAAAUAUCUGUAAUUGCUACUAAAUAUGGAGAAAGACUUCUCGAAACACCGCAUAAUCCUAUUUCUAUGGCCAUAUCUCUGAAUGAUGUAAAAGAGGAUCGCUCCAGUUUAUCCGAAAUAGGGUCUAUGCUUUUCACUAGAUGCGUGUCUGGUGCUCGUGUUGUGACUACUUACGACACUAAAGAAAUUAAUAAUUAUAAGUUUAUUGGCUGGGGAUCUCAUUCCGAUAAAUAUCCGUAUUCCUAUCUUACAGUUGCUGCUGCCAUCGGAAUUACAAAACAAGACGUAGAUACUUUUUUAAAUAGAUUGAAUAAAGUUUUUGUCAAAUUGCAUCAAAGAAAUGCAAAAAAUGAAAAUAUAGAUAAUGAAUGUGAUGUUUAGAAACAUUAAAAAAUUUAAUUCCAAAUUAA